UGGUGCCAUGUUUUAUGGCUUGCAUCAAAAGAGGAGUUUGUCUUCAUGAAGAUUCCUAACAUUGGUAAUGUGAUGAAUAAAUUUGAGAUCCUUGGGGUUGUAGGUGAAGGAGCCUAUGGAGUUGUACUUAAAUGCAGACACAAGGAAACACAUGAAAUUGUGGCAAUCAAGAAAUUCAAGGACAGUGAAGAAAAUGAAGAAGUCAAGGAAACGACUUUACGAGAGCUUAAAAUGCUUCGGACUCUCAAGCAGGAAAACAUUGUGGAGCUGAAGGAAGCAUUUCGUCGGAGGGGAAAGUUGUACUUGGUGUUUGAGUAUGUUGAAAAAAAUAUGCUCGAAUUGCUGGAAGAAAUGCCCAAUGGAGUUCCACCUGAGAAAGUGAAAAGCUACAUCUAUCAGCUAAUCAAGGCUAUUCACUGGUGCCAUAAGAAUGAUAUUGUCCAUAGAGAUAUAAAACCAGAAAAUCUCUUAAUCAGCCACAAUGAUGUCCUAAAACUGUGCGACUUUGGUUUUGCUCGUAAUCUGUCGGAAGGCAAUAAUGCUAAUUACACAGAGUACGUUGCCACCAGGUGGUAUCGAUCCCCAGAACUCUUACUUGGCGCUCCCUAUGGAAAGUCCGUAGACAUGUGGUCGGUGGGCUGUAUUCUUGGGGAGCUUAGCGAUGGACAGCCUUUAUUUCCUGGAGAAAGUGAAAUUGACCAAUUAUUUACUAUUCAGAAGGUGCUAGGACCACUUCCAUCUGAGCAGAUGAAGCUCUUCUACAGUAAUCCUCGCUUCCAUGGGCUCCGGUUUCCAGCUGUUAACCAUCCUCAGUCCUUGGAAAGAAGAUACCUUGGAAUUCUGAAUAGUGUUCUACUUGACCUAAUGAAGAAUUUACUGAAGUUGGACCCAGCUGACAGAUACUUGACAGAACAGUGUUUGAAUCACCCUACAUUUCAAACCCAGAGACUUCUGGAUCGUUCUCCUUCAAGGUCAGCAAAAAGAAAACCUUACCAUGUGGAAAGCAGCACAUUGUCUAAUAGAAACCAAGCCGGCAAAAGUACUGCUUUGCAGUCUCACCACAGAUCUAACAGCAAAGACAUCCAGAAUCUGAGUGUCGGCCUGCCCCGGGCUGACGAAGGUCUCCCUGCCAAUGAAAGCUUCCUAAAUGGAAACCUUGCCGGAGCUAGUCUUAGCCCAAUGCACACCAAAACCUACCAAGCAAGCAGCCAGCCUGGGUCUACCAGCAAAGAUCUCACCAACAACAACAUACCGCACCUUCUUAGCCCAAAAGAAGCCAAGUCAAAAACAGAGUUUGAUUUUAAUAUUGACCCAAAGCCUUCAGAAGGCCCGGGGACAAAGUACCUCAAGUCAAACAGCAGAUCUCAGCAGAACCGCCACUCAUUCAUGGAAAGCUCUCAGAGCAAAGCUGGGACACUGCAGCCCAAUGAAAAGCAGAGUCGGCAUAGCUAUAUCGACACCAUUCCCCAGUCCUCUAGGAGUCCCUCCUACAGGACCAAGGCCAAAAGCCAUGGGGCACUGAGUGACUCCAAGUCUGUGAGCAACCUUUCUGAAGCCAGGGCCCAAAUUACGGAGCCCAGUAGCAGUAGGUACUUCCCAUCUAGCUGCUUAGACUUGAAUUCUCCCACCAGCCCAACCCCCACCAGACACAGCGACACAAGAACUUUGCUCAGCCCUUCAGGGAGAAAUAACCGAAAUGAAGGAACGCUGGACUCACGUCGAACCACAACCAGACAUUCUAAGACAAUGGAGGAAUUGAAGCUGCCCGAGCACAUGGACAGUAGCCAUUCCCAUUCACUGUCUGCACCUCAUGAAUCUUUUUCUUAUGGACUGGGCUAUACCAGCCCCUUUUCUUCCCAGCAGCGUCCUCAUAGGCAUUCUAUGUAUGUGACCCGUGACAAAGUGAGAGCCAAAGGCUUGGAUGGAAGCUUGAGCAUAGGGCAAGGGAUGGCAGCUAGAGCCAACAGCCUGCAACUCUUGUCACCCCAGCCUGGAGAGCAGCUCCCUCCAGAGAUGACUGUGGCAAGAUCAUCAGUCAAAGAGACCUCCAGAGAAGGCACCUCUUCCUUCCAUACACGCCAGAAGUCUGAGGGUGGAGUAUAUCAUGACCCACACUCUGAUGAUGGCACAGCCCCCAAAGAAAAUAGACAUCUGUAUAAUGAUCCCAUGCCAAGGAGAGUUGGUAGCUUUUACAGAGUGCCAUCUCCACGUCCAGACAAUUCUUUCCACGAAAAUAAUGUGUCCACCAGAGUUUCUUCCCUACCAUCAGAGAGCAGUUCUGGAACCAACCACUCAAAAAGACAACCAGCAUUCGAUCCAUGGAAAAGUCCUGAAAAUAUUAGUCAUUCAGAGCAACUCAAGGAAAAAGAGAAGCAAGGAUUUUUCAGGUCAAUGAAAAAGAAAAAGAAGAAAUCUCAAACAGUACCCAAUUCCGACAGCCCUGAUCUUCUAACGUUGCAGAAAUCCAUUCAUUCCACUAGCACUCCAAGCAGCAGACCAAAGGAGUGGCGCCCCGAGAAGAUCUCAGAUCUACAGGCCCAAAGCCAGCCAUUAAAAUCACUGCGUAAGUUGUUACAUCUCUCUUCCACCUCAAAUCACCCAGCUUCCUCAGAUCCCCGCUUCCAGCCCUUAACAGCUCAACAAACCAAAAAUUCCUUCUCAGAAAUUCGGAUUCACCCCUUGAGCCAGGCCUCUGGUGGGAGCAGCAACAUCCGGCAGGAGCCAGCACCGAAGGGCAGGCCAGCCCUCCAGCUGCCAGGUCAGAUGGAUCCUGGUUGGCACGUGUCCUCUGUGACCAGGAGUGCCACAGAGGGCCCUUCCUACUCUGAACAGCUGGGUGCCAAGAGUGGGCCAAAUGGGCACCCCUAUAACAGAACAAAUCGAUCACGAAUGCCAAAUCUGAAUGAUUUGAAAGAGACAGCCUUGUAAUUUGUGCUGGUGGGGGGAGGGGUGGGCAGGCAAG